AUGGAGGCGGCGAACGGCGUCGUGUCGAAGAAGAUCGAGGCGUUGGAGCGCGAGAACGCGGCCAAGAAGGACGAGAUCCGGAGGCUGAAGAAGGAGAUCGAUUCGCUCCGGCGCGAGGCGGCGGAGCUGCGGGACUCGGAGACGAGCGCGGCGCUGAAGAACCUCCUCGAAGAGAGAGAACGAACGGUGACAUUCCUAGAGAGAGAAACAGAAUCUCUGAAACAGUUGAAAGCAGAGAGCGAGAUGAAGGUUCGCGAUCUGGAGCGGAAGCUAAGCGUUGUGGAAGUGAGGGAGAGCGAGGAGCGCAGCAAGAGGGUUAGGGCGGAGGAAGAGACCAGAGAGAAGGUUGGGGAGAAAGAGAGAGAGAUUGAAGAGAUGAGACAGAGAAUUGAAGAUUUGGAGAAAGUUAGAGUUGUGGAAAUGAGAGAGAAAGGAGAGAGAGUGGAUGGCGAAUGGACGAAGUGGUUGGGGAUUGUGUGGCCGGUGGUGGCGACGGGGAGUGGAGCCGUUGCUGCGGUGUUCUAUCUCUGUUUUCGAAAACGCAGUAGGUGA